CUGUGCAGUAAGAGGUAACCUGGUGAGUGGUAGCGGCGUUUCUCGGUCCUGUGCCUCACGCUUUGGUACUAGAGGCCAAGAGUGUCCUGGCGACUACGAUCUCUGCGGCGACGGCUGAGGCUCUCGGAAGAGCGGCGGAGUACGGUCUGGAGGAGGGGCUUCUGAUCAGCCCAGCUUCUAUCAUAAUGAAUGGAUCCAGUGUGGUGAAUGCAUCGCCCAGUGUGAAAUCCAAAGAGGACCAGGGGUUAAGUGGGCACGAUGAGAAGGAAAACCCAUUUGCGGAGUAUAUGUGGAUGGAGAAUGAAGAAGAUUUCAACAGACAGGUGGAGGAAGAGCUGCAAGAGCAAGACUUUUUGGACCGCUGCUUCCAGGAGAUGCUGGAUGAGGAAGACCAAGACUGGUUCAUUCCAUCACGGGACCUGCCUCAGGCCAUGGGACAGUUGCAACAACAGUUAAAUGGACUGUCGGUCAGUGAUGGUCAUGAUUCUGAAGACAUUUUGAGCAAAAGUAACCUGAACCCGGAUGCCAAGGAAUUUAUUCCAGGAGUGAAGUACUAAGAUGACAGAAAAGCUUUGAGGAGGACUUGUAUGUCCCCAGAUCCGGGGAUAGUGCUGCACAAAAUGGCAGAGCUGAAGACGGGGGGUGGGCGGGCAAGGGAUGCACAGAGGGGAAGGGGACUAGUCGUUUAACUUGACACUGUGACUGCAGGAACUAACGUGUUCAGUCUUACUCUACAAGCCUCUGAGUAUUUCCCUUUUGUUCUACUGACUUUCAUUUUGAGCAGUUUCCUGUUAUUAUUAUUAUUAUUAUUAUUAUUAUUACUAGCAUUUUGGCUUUUUGAGUUAAGGAAAUUGGAAUCUUCUUAUUCCUCUUCAUCAGGAAUGUUCUGCUGUUUGUGUUUAAACAAAAUAAGCUGACCAAGAGAAUCUGGUGUUGACGAAUGCCCUUCUCACCCUGCUGUAGACUUACAAGGGCAGUGAACACCUGGAGAAGUACUCAUUGAGUCUGUUACGCUGGCUGGGAAGAGGGACUAGUGGAAGAAGCAGGUGUUGCACACCGGAGUACACAGCCCAGCUCUGCCAGCUCUGGGGGGUUUCCUGCGAUGAGCUGGGACUACCAAUGGCCUACCCGUGUCUUCCUGCCUUGAACCCCAUUCAGGAAAACACAGACUUGUCGUCCUGCUUUAUGGUAACUCUUCUGGUGGUUGCUGACAGUUGUAAAUCUGUAGGGGAGGACUGUGAUGGUUCUUGUCACUUGAGUCAUACAGUUACUGUUAAGGCUACUGUUCAGCCUCUGUUUACAGCGAUCAUCAAACUCAUUUACAAGGUACAAGAGCACGAGGGUGGAUUUGCCUUUUUGUCUCUCAUGGUGUCUGGUCCCCGCUCCCUUUCCACCCCAACCCUACUCUGAUUUUAAGAUAUUAUUACCAAAGGUGUUUGAGCGGCGUGCUGUGCUGGCCGUCGGCUUCAGCCUGGAGAAGUCACCCUGGAGUAUGUCGGUUGUGUCUUACAUUUAUUUCAACCAUUUUUUUUCCAGCCCCAUGAAGACUUGGUCCUCUUGGUAUCCUACUUCCCUUAGAAAGGUUUACGCACUUUUACAAGUAAAUAGAUUUUUCAGGACGUUAGCAAAAAGUUCAGUUCACAAUUUGGAUGCUUCUCCCAGUUUACAGAAUUAUGCAAAAAACUCAAAAAAAAGAACACAAGCCUAGGAGAGUGAGUCCCACUCGACCCAGGUAAUUGUGUGACUCACGGGGAUAGUUUCAGCAGUUAUAAAAUGUUGUCAUUCCCACACGCCCAGCUUUGCGAGUUUUCUACGUUGGGCUUUCUAGGUACGUUCCCUUGUUCUUUCCUGCCUGUAAGUCACAGGGCUUUUUAAGGGACUAUACUGGGCGCCAGGAGCUGCCUGUGUGAUAAAGAUGUAGGUGGCAGAAUAAGGUCUAAAAGAGAAGGUGUCCAUUCUCCCAGGAUGAGGACUUGCAGAGGCCUGAGGACGGUGGCUUCCGUAUGACUGCCGCUGUGUUGUGUGAUAAGCCUAUCAGGAAAAGGUCACGUAACUUGAAAUAAAGUCUGUGUAAAUUCAGUAUGUGGAUAUGGGACAGUGGUUGGAAGCAAAGGACUCAGGUCUGGAAAGCUUAAGAAUUUCUCCUUGUUCUUGAUGAGACCCGUGUUGACUUUUUGAACAGCCACAGCCUAAGAUCAUAUUUAAAAUACGAGCCCACAAGUUGUCCUCAUUUGAGUCUAUAGGAUGGCAUUAUUUGAAAACUGGCCUUUCUUGUUAGGUCACGUGUCAUGUAAGAGUCUCUUAAGGAGCUUGUAUUGCCAGACGUGCACAUUAACUCCUAAAGCCUCUACCUCGAGAGGAUGGAACUCUGACUCAUUUUCAGGGAGGGCUAUGAAUACAUAAACUUCGUUAUUCCAGCUUUCAGCUUGGGUCGUUGCUUCUAAUAAAGAGAGGACCUUAACAGUGCAGAAAUAGAGGUCUCUCUUCUCUCCUAGGGAUGCUUUUUCCCUUUCAGUUUCCGUUAGCUUGUCCAAGCUCGGAAUUCUAAAGCUGUUGGAAAUGUGUUAGGAUUGCAGAAAGAGCCAUUUUCUAGACCAUGGGUGUCCCCAUCACAAAGAGUGCAAUGGAUUCUUGUGUGGUUCCCAGUCUGGAAAGUGCUACAGGGAUCCGGAUCGAGCCAUUUUUUCAUCCUGAAGAAGUCGGGCUCUUCUGACACCAGGACAGGCGAAGGUGCUAGGUGCAGUCCAAAGGGCUUGUCUUCCCAUCUGCUAUGGGGUUCCAUUUUGGAUGUCAGUCUUCAGCAUGGCUUCCCAAGGCGUAUUUGUCAGGACUAAGAAAACGUCCUGCCAAACGAGCAGUGGGACCUGAAGGCUAGACUUUCCAGUUCUGUUCAGACAUUGAGUGUGCCGACUCCAGGAUCAGGGAGCAGCUAGCAGAGUGACCACUUUUCUAAUGUGCAGGCUGUUGUUUCCAGUGGUUCCUCAUGUAGCCCAACGCUUUUCUCCAUCUGCUUCCUGUGAGGUGGGAGCACAGCUAUCACCAGAUCACAGGCUCAGCUAUAGAAUUUGCCAGCUCCUUAGCAGAAAAUACAUGUGGUUCUUGUGGGGCCUUCACUGGGGAAAGGCUGGGAGCCUAUCUCAAGAUUUUUCCUCACAGGAGGGUUCUGGGUACAAGCCAGACUGGACACCUUUACCCUUUAAAGGUGAGGCUGAUAUUUGUAAGUGAUCGCUUUGGUGUGGAAUUUAAGUUGCUAUUCUGUUGAAACUUUUUUUCUUGGCAACUAGAAGUUUGAGAUUUUCUAUAGAAACAGAACAUGUAUUUUAACAGUUGCCAAUUCUAGCUAGUCCUGGUGUGAGUUUAUUAGUGAUUGCAUUCUGAUUUUUGUGAUUAUUAGGCUCUAAAACUCCAAGAUGAAAAUUAUUUUAUUUCUUGCUUUUCAAGAGGAGAAACAUAAAAAUAAAGAAAAUACCUUUUCAGUUUUUCUAGGCCUAUGCACCUGCAACUUUGGGUCUUUGGGCCAGUUUCUGACUGCAGCAGUUGACUUUUGGGGAUAAUAUAAGGUCAAACCAAAAUAAGGACAUAAAGAAAAGGCUGGACGUUUGGUUUCUAAAGUCAAAACAGCUGGGAUCUUUUAAAUUAAGGUUAUAAAGCUAACUAUGGUUUCAAAAAUGUUUUUAGUGAAAUACUAAGCAUUUUUUCAAAUUGUGUAUUGCUACAGUGUUCAGAGUUUUGUCUUGAUUUCGGAGAGGCUGGGAAGUUAAGGUCGGUUGAGUACUUGGGCAGUUAUAUGUCAGAGAAGAAAGUCGUGUGAAGAAGUAGCCAAAGGAAACAGUUUGACUGCGUCUUCUUACAUUGGGGCUGCUGCAAACACCGUGUAGAAACAUCAGGAGCCCAGGAAUCUACCUACUGUGAUUAGAGGGGCAAGUGUUCUUUGUUAAGGGUCCCAGCAUUACAGGUUCAUAAUGUUUCUUGGUUUAGGUGAUGUUGAGGUACGGGAACAGGCAGAAGAGAUCUGACAUGUGACCAAGAUUUGGAGAUGUCCACCUAUUGGGAAAGACUGUGUUUCCCCCAGCACUCUCCUCCGGGACAAUGCAAACCUCGUUAGUUUGGGAGGGGUUGGAGAGAACAGGAGGGUUGGCCCGGCUCUGGUGUAUGGGGAACCUCAUCUCCUCCUACCUCUGCUCAUGGUUCCCACGUGAAGCAUCUCUCCCUCAUGGCCCACAGGGAACCUUAGUUCUCCUGGUCCGUCCACCCCGUGUAGUUCACAGAGUGCUUUCUGCAGCUACUGCUCUGCUGCCAUCUGAAUUUCAUCCAUAGACUUGGUUAGUCACAAUUUUGAAAGGUUUUUUUCCCCUUUGUUUUUAGUCUUGUCUUGAUUUCUCCCGUCUUGAAGCUGCGAAUGGUUACAAGGGACAGGGCAGUAGGAGGCUGACCCAAGGCAAUGCUCGGGUUUCCUGCUUCCUCCUUGACCUUCUGCCCAACGCCCUACUGCUGUCCUCAGUCAAUCUAGUUUUUAGGGGGAUUAGAGGAAUAAGAGGCUGAGUGCACUGAUCUCUACAGGGUGUCCGCCAAGAGACUCACCACCCCACCCCCAGGGCACAGAAGAAAAAUCUACAAAGAGGCAGAUGCACCAUCUUUAUUCCAAAAGAAAAAGCCCCCUUAGAUUUUGUUAUUACUAUGAGUAGGAGUCUUGUUUUUGAGAUUUGCUGAGCUUUCGUGCCUAAUCCAGCCUUCCUACUGGCUACCUUUUAUUUUAAAAUAAUGAAGAAAAAUUCUAGUCAAUUUAUUAUAAAAUAGUAGUGUUUUCACUCUGUAACUCAACACUAAGUGAUAGUCCUACCCUGUUAAUUGUGAACCUUCCGAAAUGUUACUGGUUGAUGGGUGGUUUGGGAGGCAGGGACUUUUCUUUCAACAACUUUAUUGAGGCAUAUUCUACAUGUCGUAAAAUUCACCCAUUUUAAGUGUUUAAUCCAGUGAUUUUAGUAACUUUCUUAAAUGGCGCAGCCAUAACCAUAAUUCAGUUUUAGAACAUUUGCAUCCCUCCAAUAAGAUCCUUCAUACCCAUUUGCGUGAUAAUCCCUGGUCCCAGCUCUACAUAACACUAAUCUAUGUCUAUAAAUUUGCCUUUUUGGGAUGUCGUAUCAAUGAAAUCAUACAAGAUGUGGUCUCUUGCAUCUGGCUUUUGUCACUUAGCAUAUUUUGAGGUUCAUCUAUGACGUAUAACUUGUGUUGGUAGUUUGUUCCUUUUUAUUGCUGAAUAGUAUUCCAUUGACAGAUACACCACAUUUUGUCAGCAAGGUCUUUUCGACUUGGAUUUCAACCACCCGUGUGGUCUAAAGGAACCCUCAGAACGUAGGACUCUAGGGGAAGCUGCUGUACAUGUCUUAUCAGAACCAGCUUUGUCAUCAGAAGUUCCACACAAGGAGCCUGAACUACUGCAGAAAUUUUUAUAAUUUUGCAACUUCUUUUUUAUAUGGAACUUUUGUGCUGCCUACAUGUCAGGACUUCUGAAGCAUUUGGUAAUUAGUAAGUAUGAGCAUGUGCUUGAGCGGACAAGAAAAUGAACCAUCAGUACAGUGUUGGAGAUUUCUUCCUCCCCGGCUGGCUGGGGGAAUCGCCGAACCUUCUAAAUACGGUAUCCUUUACAAAGCUGAACCUGUAUUAAAGAUCAUGCUACCUUUGUCGGGCAGAUUUGGAGGGAAGAACGACCGCUAGCAGAGGAGGUCCAGAGGAGAAAGCGAGUGGAGCUUGUGGAGCAACAGGCCCCCAGAGGGUCUCUGGAUGGCCCAUCUCUGUUGGUGCAGGUGGUGAAGCGCCGAUGGUGCCCAGGGGUGGCUCAGUACCUCCAGCAGGCCCCAGUCUGACUUUGGACAUUUAUCCGUUUCAAAAGUGUUUGAAAGCUGUUUUGUUCCUUUUUUUUUUUUCUAAAUAAACACUACAUGGUAGUUACUAAUACUUCUUUGGGGGAGGAGCAGGGCUUUAAAAUUGAAACUUUUCAUAAAAAUAUCAAAAAUGGCAGUUUUUAAAAAUUUUGAUAAACAAAUCAAACAGCAGCUGUUGAAAAUCUCAAUAAAAAAGAAAAUAAAAUGCAUUUGCUGGCAGUGGUACCCUUUUUCAUAAGGUUGGGUCAUUAUAUAGCAUAUGAAAGGCGUUCUAUGUGUGGUAUGUUAGUGAUUUUUUGUGUGUGUGUCAAGCUUGAUCAUAGUUUUAGUUGCAUAAUUUUCCAUUCUAAAUAGUGUGACAGGUAGUAAAAGCA